AGCUCCAUCUGUGGCGAGGUGCUGAAGCGGUGUUUGCAGUGUUGUUUAUUUAUUUAUUAUUUUCUUUUUGGGGAGAAAAGCUUAAGUUGGCUAGCCUGAGGUUUUUCUCCGCGCUUUUGUUUUCCUUCAUUCAUUUCUCUUUGGAGGCGGCCAGUAUGUGCCUGGGCCGAGGCACACGGUGCUUUUGUUUCCCUCCAGCCCCCACCACCACCACCAACGCCGUCUCUGCUGCUGCUGCCGCCGCCUGCUCAGCGCACUGCCGCCGCCACCGCUGCCGCUGUGCUGCUGCUGCAUCGAGUGAGCUUGGGUGCGGGGUGGUGUACGGCAGCUCGUCGUGCCUGCAUUGAGGAAAGAAAGACAAGCAGAGGAAAAAGACGAAGAGAAGAGAGGAGGAGGAGGGAAAGGACUGAAUGAACUGAAUGAACGAGCACUGCAGACCUGUGGCGUGAAGUGUAGCUAGUUAGGUUGAAAAAGGAAAGAGACACAAAAAAGGGGGGGAGAAAAGCAUACAACCGUCGUGUUCGUGAGCUCGGUUCGGAUCUGGUUCUAGGUUUGUUUUUGUUGUGUUAUCAGCUUGACGUUAAGCUAACGCCACUUCGUAAUUUUUGUUAGCUUUAGGUUAAGCUAGCUAACCAGCUUAGUUAACCUAGCUAGGUUAAUUCUCGUUCAAGCAUCGCUGCUGCUGCUGCUUCUGGUGCUUCUUCUGGUGGUGCUGCUGCUGCCGAUGAAGUGAAGUGCAGUGCGGUGCUCUCAUGCCUUUUGUGUUUGUUGACACGCCGAGGAGCCAUUUCACGAUGAAGCAGCACGGCUGAGAGGAGAGAAAAAGAGAGAGAGGGGGGAGAGUUAGAAAGAGAGAAAGAAAACAGCAAGAAAAAAAACACAGAGAAAGAAAGAGGGGGUAAAAAAUGAGGAAGCGUUUUUUUAAAAAAGAUAUCAAAAAGACACAGGCCUCCUCCUCCUUCUUCUCCUCCUUCUCCUCCCCGUCGUCCGCAGGCCCCGAGCCGCCGUGUGAGAAAAGGAGGAAAGGGGCCCGAGCCUGGUGAGCCCGAGAGAGCGAGAAAGAGCCACAGAGCGAUAGACGACCCCCGAGCGGAGGAGAGAAAAAAAUAUGGAGAGCGGGACGACAACGGGGAACCCACACGAACAGAAGCCGUGCGACUUUCACGCUCACCCGAACAAAAAAAUGAAGUACUUGUCUUGAACAUCUCGUUUCUCCUUUUUUCUUUUUUUUUUCUUUGUAUUUAAGAAAAAAAAAUCCGGUUUUCGAAACAGGACGACGUUGGGAAGUUCCAUGCCAUUCCUCCUCCUCCUAUUUCUCCUCCUUUUUAACUGAUUUAUUACUUUUUUCCCCUUUCAUUUAAACUUCUGAUCCGGAUCCAGCGCUGAUAGUGUUCAAUGGAAGUAUGUUAUCAGUUACCGGUUUUGCCUUUAGACAGGCCGGUUCCCAAGCAUGUCCUCAGCCGGAGGGGAGCCAUCAGUUUCAGCUCCAGCUCCUCUCUUUUUGGUGCCCCAGACCCAAGACAGCUGGCGCAGGUAAAGCCAUCAUCACUCUGUAGACGCGGCGCGAUCUCUUACGACAGUUCUGAUCAAACUGCUCUUUACAUUCGUAUGCUAGGGGCUUGUGUAAUAUUCAAACAGCUGUUUUCAAGAGAUGUGAGAGUGAGGAGCCAGGUAGGCUUUCAACCUGACCGAAGAGGCUCGCACCCAUACCUAGGUAUUGAUUUCCGGACCUUGCACGCCCAUGCUGAGUCGACAGGAUCGAUUCCAGCCCGGAGGAUCCGCAGACUUUUCAGUUUCCAGCGGCACCUGCUGUCCUCGCGCUUUCUCCGGGGAGCACCACACCUCAACCCCCUCCACAUCCUGGAUGAGGACUACUGCGGCCAAGCCAAGUGCAUGUUGGAAAAGGUUGGAAGCUGGAAUUUUGACAUUUUCCUCUUCGACAGGCUGACGAAUGGAAACAGUCUUGUCACCUUGACAUUAUACCUUCUGAGUCAUUAUGGCUUAAUUGAGCUCUUCCAGUUAGACAUGGUUAAAGUGCAUCGCUUUUUAGUUUUGGUUCAAGAGGACUACCACAAUCAUAAUCCUUACCAUAAUGCAGUCCACGCUGCAGACGUGACCCAGGCGAUGCACUGUUACCUGAAAGAGCCCAAGCUUGCCAAGUCCCUCACUUCCUGUGAUAUACUUUUGGGCCUUCUGGCAGCGGCCACUCAUGACCUGGACCACCCAGGGGUCAAUCAGCCUUUCCUCAUCAAAACCAACCAUUACCUAGCUGUUUUGUACAGGAAUACCUCAGUUCUGGAGAAUCAUCACUGGAGGUCUGCAGUGGGCUUGCUCAGAGAAACCGAGCUCUUAUCCCAUCUUCCUGCAGAGGACCGUCUGACCAUGGAGAGGCAGCUGGGUUCUCUGAUUCUGGCUACAGAUAUCAGCAGACAGAAUGAAUAUCUAUCCAAGUUCAGGACGCACCUGGACCAGGAGGACCUGUGUCUGGGGAACGCCUCACACCGUCACUUCAUUCUACAGAUGGCCUUGAAGUGUGCCGAUAUUUGUAACCCCUGUAGGCCUUGGGAGCUCAGCAAACAGUGGAGUGAAAAGGUGACAGAGGAGUUCUUUCACCAAGGAGACAUUGAGAAGAAGCACAAACUUGAAGUCAGCCCACUGUGUGACAGCGAGAACAACUCCAUAGCCGAUGUUCAGAUUGGUUUCAUGACCUACGUGGUGGAGCCUCUGUUUGCCGAGUGGGCUCGUUUCUCGGACACGCGGCUCUCUCAGACCAUGCUGGGACACCUGUGCCUGAACAAAGCCAGCUGGAAUGCCAUGCAGCCCGAGGCGUCGGGCAGCUCUGAGGAGCCGGAGAGUGAACCGGAGCCCAGCUCCAGAGCCUUACCUCAGGGAAGCCUGCAAUCCUGACACUCCCUCGCCCACCCACUGCGGGGACAGGACCACUCCCGCUGCCCCCACCCAGCCUGAUACCUUAAACCACAUAUGAGUUGCUCGCCUCCCAUCUCAAACCAACCACUGAUUUAUUUAAUUUAUUUAAGUUUUAUUCCCUUAUUUUCCCUUCGACAUAGAGCAAUACAUGGAUACCUCAUUUGGCUACUGCUGCGUUUUUUUUUUUUUCUUCUUUUUUUUUUAUGUUAUUGAGUUUUAUUUAUUUAACUUUUUUCUGGGGGAGUGUUACGAACUGCAAAACGAGAACUUGGCCAUUUUGCUAGAGACUGGGGAAUUAGCUAAAGUGGAAGAAUCCCUUCUGCUGGGUUAAAAGUGCCAUUUUCACCACAUUUGAUUUGAAAACACCAAGAGUAUUCAUGAGAGUUGUGGGAUUUUUUGCUGUUUAUUUUUAAAGACUGCACCAAGAGACUGUGUGUGUGCGACAAGUAUGCGUGCGAUAAGUGUGUGUGCAAAGAUGAAUGUGUCAGUGUUUUUUGUUUAAUUUUUUCCGCAAAUGAAUCUUCCUCCUUGUGUACACAACUGAAAAAAGACAAAUGUGAAGAGCCCAGUCGAUUUGCUGCCUCUAUGAAGACUGUUUACAGAUGUCUUUUUUUGUUGUCAUUGUUAUAAAUGAAACAUGUUGGUUCUGUGAUUUUUUUCUUUUUUUUUUUUUUUUUUUUUUUGCCUUUAAGCACAGAUGUGAAGAACCACUUUUACAUGUUUUUGAACUGUUGUCCUACUGCUGAUGUAUUGAACAAAAAACACAAAAAAACUAAAACAACAACAACAAAAAAAAAACGAUGGGACUGAACCUCCGUCAGUCUGACACACCAGAUGCCAUAUAAAACGCCAUUCUGUGCUCUGUUGUGUCUCUCUAUCCCUCUCUCCCUUCCUCUUUCUCUUGCUCCCUCUGUCUCUCUCUUCCCCUCUCUCUUCCCCUCUCUCUCCCUCUCUUUCUCCCUGCACUCCAGGAAAUAAAAAGGUGCCACUCUGGACAUGCAGCUUCCGCUGUGAAAGGAACCAGCUUCCCUCCACCACCACUCCUUUCACGUUGCGACGGGAAAACCCUCCUGAACCCUGGAACAAGAAUCCUGACACAGGACAUGUAGCUGACCAGAAUCUCCAUGGAUUUCGCUCAGGGUCUCGCCAACCUGUUUAUCUAUUAGCUGGGAGAAAUGAGGAAGCUAAAAGGUGCCUUUAUAGGUAGCUGUCCCCUUCCCCAUCAUUUUGUAAAAGAUAAGACACACAGACUCCCUUUCAGAAUGUCUCUCAAUCUGCAAUCACUCUUUUUCUCUCUCAUGCUCUUUCUCUUGUCCUCUCUCUCUCUCUCUCUCUCUCUCACUCUCUUGCUCUCACUUUCUCUAUCCAGAAGACUGCUAAAACAAUGCCUUAAAACUAUGCACAAAGCUAAGUGACCAAACCAGCUUGUAUUUUUCAUUAAAGUGCAUCAUAUGUGUUUAAUGCAUAGUUCAGCCCUUUGCCUUCUGUUGUGGGAGGAAAAAAAUGAAAAGGUUUAUUUUGUUCUUUUUUUUAAUAAGUAGAAGAUGAGUUGAUUUCAUUUUAACAUUGAACAUUCCAUUGUUUCUGUUUAUUGUGUAUUGUAUUUUUUUUACUCUGUACAGAUGGCGCAGUUGUGUUUUUGUGCUCCUCUUUCUAGUUUGAAAGAGAGCAGGUGCUUUUUUCUUAUUUUAGCUGAUCUGUAUUUUUGUUGUAAGUGCUGUAAGACUGUUGAUUCAAAACUGUUUACAAUUUGUUGUAACAGCCAUUUUGGGGAGAAGACUUCAGUGUCAAGCCAUUUUGUAAAGGCUUUUGUCGUACAGACUUUUGAUACGUGCUCGUUUCAGUUGCAUUUUUGAUGAAUAAAAAUUGACACGAUGUUUCAAGCUGUUGAAUGAUA